UUUGGCUCCUCGCAAAGGGCGGUGUGCCGGGGCGUGGCGGCGGAUGUGCACCGCGGCCUCCGCCCCGGCGCGGCCACAUGGUCGCCAUGGUCAAGUCGCCCGCUGCGGUGGAGGGCUUCGCCAAAGGCGACGACGUGGAGGCAGUCCCGCACCUGGAGGUCCCCAUCAACACGCCGCCCUCGCGCCUGGUGGAGAAGGCGGAGGUGUUCUGCCGCGCCUGCGGGACGGUCUGCCCGCUGCUGUGCAAGGUGUGCCCUCUGUGCGAGUGCGCGCCCGCGUUCUCGGUGAGCGGCAACUUCAACAUGAAGGGCACCCUGCGGGUGCUGCACGACGGCCGUGACGACGGGGCCAGCAACCUGGUGCUGCUGGGGGAGGGGCACCUGGGCCAGGUGGUCGUCAAGGCGGCCCGCCUGCAGGACGACCCGGAGGAGGUCGCGAACUUGCGCGAGGAGGUGCGGCUCCAGAGCAGGUUCUCGCACCCCAGCCUGGUGCACCUCCUCUUCGCGGCGGAGACGCCCUCGGAGGCCCGCGCUCCU